UAGCUAGUACUCCGUAGCAACAAAUGGACAGCACGAAAAGCAAUGCUAGUCUUUUGACCUGGUAUCAAUGUACACCAAUUUAGUCCAAAAUCCCGAUUCCAUUAAUUAAACUUGGUAUUUGAGUUCAGUUUAUUCUAAAUCCUCGUACGAAACAUAAUUUAGUCAGUUUUGCCACCAUGACGCUCCGCUCCUGUUAUUCCGCCAUGGGCGCUGCCAAGGCGGGCUGCUGAGCACUGAUGUGCUGGCUCGCCUUAGGCAUCACAGUAAAGCCGGCCAUCUUCUUUCUCUUCGGCUCAGUUUGACGCUGCUGAGUUGUGCUAUGUUGAACUUAUUUUGUAAUCUACCGUAACACAUAAAAAUAUGAAAUUUUUGUUAGCCAAACACAAAAAUAGUGAAAGACGUGUAAAAAAAAAACAGGAUUAAUGAUCCAUCACAAUGUCAAACGGAAUGCUCGAAUGGGAUGGUCCAGCUAGCUAAAGCGAUAUAUAGUUGGGAUCGAUGUUGAAAAAAAUUCAUGGGAACAUGUGCGAGGAAAAGAAAGACUUUGCCAGGUCAAGGUCAGACGUAUUGCUUCAAGUUUAGAUCUGGGGUCAGUGGACACAGAAUCCUCCAGAUUAAGCAUCUAGAUCAACUUGCCACUUGUUAAUUAACUCCACAGCAACUUUACAUAGUCUUCGUCUUCGCAUCGCGCAACACACAAACACCCAAAUUAACCAACCACACAAAACACACAAAACACGCAACACACACAGCUGCUGAGCUAGUGAGCUGCACUAGAGUCUAAGACGUACGACGCGCACUAAUCACCAAUUAAUGGCUCGGCCGCACGCCGUGGUGGUGCCUUUCCCGUGCACGGGCCACAUCAACCCGGCGCUGCAGCUAGCCAGGCUCCUCCACCGCCGGGGCUUCCACGUCACCUUCGUCAACACCGAGCACAACCACCGCCGCCUCGCGCAGACCAUCGAGAACGCGGCCGGCAUGGGCUUCCACUUCGAGGCGAUCCCGGACGGGCUGACGGACGCCAAGCGCGCCGCGGACGGCUACGGGGCCGCCCUGUCCGCGUCCAUGGGCCGGCACUGCGCCGCGCCGCUCAGGGACCUUGUUGUCCGCCUCAGCAGCAAUGGCGGCGCGCCGCCGGUGACGUGCCUGCUGCCGACGGCGCUGAUGAGCUUCGCGCUGGGCGUGGCGCGGGAGCUCGGGAUCCCCAGCAUGGUGCUCUGGGGCGCCAGCGCCGCCGCGCUCAUGGCCGACAUGAGCCUACGGGACCUUAAGGAAAGAGGGUACCUCCCGCUCAAAGACGAGAGCUGCCUGACGAACGGCCACCUUGACACCACCAUCAUCGACUGGAUCCCGGGCAUGCCGCCGAUCAGCCUGGGCGACAUCUCGAGCUUCGUCCGCACCACGGACCCGGACGACUUCGGCCUCCGGUUCAACGACGUGGAGGCCAACGGCUGCACCAAGGCCGGCGCGCUCGUCCUCAACACCUUCGACGGCCUCGAACCCCACGUCCUCGCCGCCCUCCGCGCCGAGUUCCCCCGCAUCUUUACCAUCGGGCCCCUCGGCUCCCUCCUCGACACCGAAGAAGAAGACGCCACCAAUGGCGGCUGUGGCGGGCUGAGCCUGUGGAAGCAGGACACUGAGUGCCUGGCAUGGCUGGACGCGCAAGAGCCGGGCUCCGUGGUCUACGCCAACUUCGGCAGCCUCACGGUGCUCACGGCGUCCCAGCUCGAGGAGUUUGCCUGGGGCCUGGCGGACAGCGGCCACAAAUUCCUCUUAUCCAUCCGGGACAACCUCGUCAUCCCUUCCGGCUCCGGCGACGGCGGCGGUCUGCCGGCGGGGUUCAUGGCGGCGGCGGCGGAGCGGUGCUCCGUGACGGCAUGGUGCCCGCAGGAGCGGGUGCUGCGGCACGGCGCCGUGGGGUGCUUCGUGACGCACAGCGGCUGGAACUCCACCUGCGAGAGCGUGGCGGCCGGCGUGCCCAUGGUGUGCUGGCCGGGGUUCGCCGACCAGUACACCAACUGCAAGUAUGUCUGCGAGGUCUGGGGAGUGGGGCUCCGGCUGGACGAAGAGGUCAAGCGGGAGCAGGUGGCUGGACAUGUCAAGAAGGCGAUGGAGCCGGCAGGGGAGGUGCGGAGGAGCGCGGCGGCGUGGAAGGCGAAGGCCGCGGAGGCCGUGAGGCCCGGCGGGUCGUCGUUUGAGAACCUGCAGAGCAUGGUCAAGGCGCUUAACUCUGAAGCUCCUCUGAAGCGUUGAAGUGAUCGAUAUGUAUCACAGUAUCAGGCCAUGGGCGCCAACCUGAAGAUGAAAAUUUGUAUGUGUUCCAUCUGCAUUAGUGAGUGAAUGAAAGCAAUAAAAGUACAUUUCAUCUCAA